UCAUUCCCGCCAUUUUCCAGUCCUGUUUAUUCCAACUAUAUUUGACGCGUUAUUGCGUCGUGUUAUCGUAUUUUUUGUGUUCUUUGUGAUCUUAUAUUUUAUAUUUUUUAUAAAUUUUCGAAUUAUAAUUUUAUUGUAAUCAUCAAUAAAUCAUGUGAACAAGUUAAAUUACAUUUCUGUCCAAAAAUAGAGUUGACAUUUCAUGUGCCAUAUUUAACUAAUCAUCAAGAAAAACAUAAAUUGUAAUCAUAUCUUUGAAUGAAAAAUUUUUUAUUAUACUGAAAGAAAUGAAUACUCCAACUACUAGAGAUUUCUUGCGAAGGCCUGAUGGAACGCGUAGAAGAUCUUCUCGUCAAGCUUUAGCAGUAAUUCCCGUCAACAAUUCUGCUUCACCUGGAGAAGCAAUUUCUACUGAAGUUAAUGCAAUGGAUAAUUUUUUAAAUAGUCGUCAUGGUUCUGAAUCUUGGAGCCCUGCACCUAGUCCUGAUGAACUGGUAAUUCAAAAACGAGGACGUCGUCGUAGAACUAUAGUUUGGUCUCCUGAUCUUGAUACUUGUAAAAGGAAUAGUCUUUUUAGCUCAAGUUCUAAAGAUCGUACUCCAGUGAAAAGUCCAUCGAAAUCAACUAUGAUAUUGAGAAGUACACCUAGAAAGAGGCUUUCUCUUGCUGAUAAUAGCGAAUCUCAAUUUACAACACCAGACAAAAAGAAAAAGUUACAAAACUUAUUAGAUACUAAUAGUUCACAAAAAUAUUUUACCGGCAAUUUAUUAAAUGGUUUGAGAGGUCUUAGCCAUAAUCAAUUAGUACACAUGAUUAUGGAUUUAGUGUCUAUGCAAGAGGAUGGUCUUCUACACAAUAAUGACAAAAUACGGAAUAUUUUAUUGAAAAAAAUGCCAAUGGCUGAUAUUCAAUCAUUGAUCGAUAUAUUAAAUAAUUUAAAGCAAAAUAUACAAGUUAGCAUUGGGUUUUCUGAUUUGAAUGGUUUAUCUAAUAUUCAUUUAGAUGCCUUUCAUAAAGCAAUUAUAGAUCAAGGAAAAAGACUCGUAGAAUCACAACAUUGGAUAUCAGUAAUGCAUUAUGUAUAUGCAGCAUGGAAUAUUACAAAGCAACUAAAUGAAAAAGAACAUCAAAGUAUAUGCAAUUUGACACAUAAAUGUUUUAAAAAUUUGACGCAUUUUUGUUCCCAAGCUUUGAAAAAAGGAAAUUUUACAAGUACUGUAUUGGAUAUGUUUGCUGACAGGCUUGAUGCAAUGGUUGAAGAUUAUGAGGAUUUAAAAGUUUGUUUACAGUUGAUAAACGAAGUAAAAAACAACGAAACUUAAAUAUUUUUUCUACAUCUACAUGUUUUCAACAACAAAAAGGCUAUAUAUAUUAUAAACAUUAUUUCUAUACAUACAUAUAUAUACAUAAACAUAUAUAUAUAUAUUUUUAAUAUAUACAUAAAUUUUAAUUCUCAUUGUAAUGUAAAGACUUUAACUGGAGUCUUCACCAUUACUAGCUAGACUAUAUCUUUUUUACUAUCUUUUUUUUUUUUUUUUUUUUACAAUUCAUAUAAUGAAAUUCAUAUGGACCGGUAUUAGUAGUAGCUUUAAGAAUAUUUAAAAUUUUCAAAUGAUAUUUUUAUAUUAUGUUCGUAUUAAAUAUUUUGAGAUAU